AUGGGGAACUCCACCUAUAUGAAUGGAGCAGAGAUCAAGAAAUCUCAACCAGAUCAUACACCACUUGUCCGAAAAGGGCUAUUCAAGUUUGAUAAGUGGAUAGUCGUUACAUCAAUAGCAAGCCCAACAGAGCAAGUGAAGUACCUUGCUAAGAUGAAAGACUGGCGUUUGGUUGUUGUUGGGGAUUUGAAGUCGCCUUCAGUAUGGAGUUUACAAGGCUGUGAUUAUCUCAGUGUUGAGACACAGAAGCAGCUGGGCUUUGCUAUAACAGAUCACUUACCGUAUGGAAGCUACGCUAGAAAAAACAUUGGCUACCUGUAUGCAAUACAGCAUGGAGCCAAGGUCAUUUACGAAACUGAUGAUGACAACAGACCCAAUGAUAACUUAAAAGGUUUUGUUUUAACACCCUCUACGCCUGGACUGAUGUUUGUUGGAAACAACGUUUUUAACCCCUACCUUCACUUUGGGCAGUCAACGCUGUGGCCCAGAGGUUUCCCACUUUCUUACAUUGGCAAAAAACAACAAAGAUUGUACAAAAUCAGCAGCAGUUGGGACACACCAACAAUUCAACAAGGUUUAGUUAAUGGCGAUCCGGAUAUGGAUGCUAUUUUUAGACUGUCCAGGAAAUCAGAAUCUACUCCUUUAAAUGUGACCUUUGACCCAUUAGCUCCCCCUGCAAUAUUACCUGAGGGUGUAUUCAGCCCUUUUAACUCACAGAACACAUUAUUUCACGAUGCAGCUUUUUGGGCACUUUUUAUUCCAACAACAACGACAUUCCGCAUGUGCGACAUCUGGAGAGGAUAUUGGGCACAAAGACUUAUGUGGGAGAUUGGAGGAACACUUGGCUUUUUCCCUGCUAACGCCUACCAGGUACGGAAUUCACAUUCUUACAUCGAAGACGCCAAACAGGAGAAGGACAUGUAUUUCCAAACCGAAGAACUUAUCGAGUUCCUGGGAAAUUGGAAAUGCGAGACCACAUUUUCAUUUUUUCAAUGUGUUGUUCAGCUGACCUCUGACAUGGCAGAUCAGAAGUAUUGGAAACACGAAGAUGUAAAUUUGGUCAGAUUGUGGCUACUUGAUCUAAAAGAACUUGGAUACCAAGAGCCGGAGAGGGUUCAGUUGAAUGGAUUCAGUUGGAAUACAGAAGACAGUUAUUUAUAUGGAAAUACCAUCACUACUACGGGCCGUGUAAAUGAGAAUAGAUCGUUACUCAACAACGUAUGGUAUUCAUCAGUAGAACAAGAGAAGCCUUCAUUAAAUCAAGAAACCAGCAAUAAGAAAAGAACAAGCGCGAUCUUAGAUAAGAUGGUGUCAAUGUGCGCAAAUUCGAAACAUAAUCCUUUAAAAAAUGUGUAUAAUCCACACCCGAAAAAUGCUCAAGUCUUUUCAGAUACAUUGCUUGUUGUAAUUUUUAACUUCCCAUUUUACAAGAAUGUUAAAUACUUAGAUGCUAUCCACAGUCAAGUUUUUAAGUACAUAGUCUACUGUGGUGAGAACAUCAAUUUAUUUCUACAAGAAACCGGUGAUCUGGGUAAAACGUUAACUUUUAUUGAGGCUUUUGUUGACAAGGGGAUUUUCGGUUAUAUGUGUGCGGUCAAAGCUAUGGAGAUGGGAUACAGAGUUAGCGGCUUUUUAGUAGCUGGUGAUGACGUCCUUCUUAAGCCUUGGGUAUUGAUGAAUAUGAAAAAAGACCAUGCAGGCAUAACACACCAUGCUAAAUUUUACAUGAACACAUCAGAAACUACAAGUCACUGGACGUGGUGGGGUAGAAAAGUUGGUAGACAGGCAUUUUUAAAAACCUUAGAGUAUUUCAAAAAUAUUUCAAAUACCCCAGUGGGAGUUAAAAGCAUCAGAAAUUUCUUAGAUACGUUACUAACACAUACAAAUUCCACGGAACUUGUGCCAAAAGGAUACAGUGAUUUGUAUUAUAUUCCCAAAACAAUGCAAAAGUCUGCCAUUUGUUUAUCAGUUCAGUGGUUGUCACGUAAACUGACUGACUUACUCCACGUGUUUUCUUUUAUGACCUCUGAGGAACAAAUGGCUGAAGCCACGGUUUUGAGCAGCUAUAUUUAUUUGUGCCAACGUAAGCCCUCAGCCCUUGUCUCGUCUUCUAAGGUCCUCAUCUAG